GUGCUACUGUGUCAACAGGAGCCUGCUGCGCUGCGGUUGUUGUGUACAGUUUAAAGAUCUCCAGGGGAGCCGGCGAGAUCCCGCAGGCAGCAAAAGCAGCUGGGCAGAGCUGGGCUGGCCCUCCUGAGUACAGCCCGGUCAGCUGGCGUGAGAGGCAGCCGGGGCUAGAGCUCCCCGAAGGGAGCAGGAAUGCUGCACCCCAGCCCUUUGUGGCUCUGUAGCCUCCUGGGGGGCCGAGAGGACAAAAGGCCCUGAGCCCGUGGAUGGGAAAGGAGCAGGCAGGGCUGGCGUCGUCCCUGCAGCCCGCCUCCCCCUUUUGUCUCUGGGAGGAUUAGCCUAAGUCUCAGGUUGUUUAGGAAACAGCGGAUGCAAGUGACAGGUCUGUGGAGGGGGGAGUGGCGGUUGCAGGGUCCUGAGAGCCAUGCCUGUGGCAGCUGCUGCUGGCCCUCCCCUCUAGACCCUCUGUGCACCUGCCAGGAUCAUGAAGGAGGUGAAGGAGUCCAGAGACCAGCAACUCACGGUGGCCCUUCGGAUCCGGCCGAUCAGCAUGGUGGAGCUGGAGGAAGGAGCUACUCUCAUAGCUCAUAAAGUGGAUGAACAGGUAGCGGUGCUCAUGGACCCCAUGGAGGACCCCGAGGACAUCCUGCGAGCCAACCGCUCCCGCGAGAAAUCCUAUGUCUUCGACGUGGCCUUUGACUUCACGGCAACUCAGGAGAUGGUCUAUCGCGCCACCACCAAGGGCCUGAUCGAAGGUGUCAUCUCUGGGUACAACGCAACCGUCUUCGCCUACGGCCCCACCGGCUGCGGGAAGACGUACACCAUGCUGGGCACAGACCGUGAGCCCGGCAUCUACGCACGCACCCUCCAUGACCUCUUCAGAGCCAUUGAGGAGACCAGCGAUGACAUGGAGUAUGAGGUGUCGAUGUCCUACCUCGAGAUCUACAACGAGAUGAUCCGGGACCUGCUCAACCCGUCGCUGGGCUUCCUGGAGCUGCGGGAGGACGCCAAGGGAGUGAUCCAGGUGGCGGGGAUCACGGAAGUCUCCACCAUCAACGCCAAGGAGGUCAUGCAGCUGCUGCUGAAGGGGAACAAGCAGAGGAUGCAGGAGCCCACGGCCGCCAACCAGACGUCGUCGCGGUCCCACGCUGUGCUGCAGGUCACCGUCCGCCAGAAGCCCCGCAUCAGGAACAUCAUGCAGGAGGUGCGGGUGGGGCGGCUCUUCAUGAUCGACCUGGCUGGCUCCGAGAGGGCAUCUCAGACCCAGAACCGUGGGCAGAGGAUGAAGGAGGGAGCCCACAUCAACCGCUCGCUGCUGGCCCUGGGGAACUGCAUCAAUGCCCUGAGCGACAAGGGGGCCCCCAAGUACGUCAACUACCGUGACAGCAAGCUCACCCGCCUCCUGAAGGACUCCCUCGGGGGCAACAGCCGCACAGUCAUGAUCGCCCACAUCAGCCCUGCCAGCAGCGCCUUCGAGGAGUCCCGCAGCACCCUCACCUACGCCGACCGCGCCAAGAGCAUCAAAACCACGGUGAAGCGGAACCUGCUCAAUGUCUCAUACCACAUUGCCCAGUACACCAGCAUCAUCUCGGACCUGCGCAGCGAGAUCCAACGCCUCAAGUGCAAGAUCGACGCGCCGGGGCCGCGCCCGGCCCGGGGCGAGCGGGGUGACAUCCGCCACAUCCAAGCCGAGGUGCAGCUCCUCAGCUCCCUCUGCGACCGGCAGGAGAUGGACCAGCUGCGGGAACAGCUGAUCGGUGCCUUCCAGGAGCAGAUGGACCUGCGGCGCCAGCUGAUGGAGCUGGAGAACAGCUACAUGGAGAUCCAGAUCGAGAGCACCCGGCACCUGCUGACCAUUGCGGACUGGGACCAGGAGAAGAGGCACCGGGCGCAGAAGUGCAGGGAGGAGCUGAGGAAGGAAGAGAGCGAGAAGGAUUCGGACACCGGGGAUGAGCAGCCGGACGCGCCGGAGCCACAGGAAGUGAGCUCGGCCAGGGAGAACAUCGCCGCCCUCAUGGGGGAGCAGAAGAAGCUGCGCAAGCAAAAGGCGGAGCUGGAGAAGCGGUUCAAGGAGAUCCGCCAGCGGGGGCGGCGGCUGGAGGAGGUCCUGCCUCGGCGCAUCAGCUCGGAGGAGCAGCGCGAGGUGCUGAGCCUGCUCUGCAAGGUGCACGAGCUGGAGCUGGAGAACACAGAGAUGCAGUCCAGCGCCCUGCUGAAGGACGGCGUCAUCCGCCACAAGAACUACGUGGUCCGGCGCUUCGAGCAGCACCGCAGCCUCUGUGGCCGCAUCAUCCAGCAGCAGAGGCAGAUCAUCCACGAAUAUCACCUCUCAGUCCCGCACCACCUGGAGGAGCUGUAUGAGAUCUACCUGCGGGAGCUGGAGGAGGGCAGCCUGGACCGGGUUGCCAGCCUGGACCGCGUGGCCGCCAAAGCCCUGAAGGAUACGUCUCUGCCCAAGAUCCCCCACCUCCCGGCUGCUGAGAGCGCCCUGGACUCCGACCAGGAGAGCGUGAGGACGCUGGGCUCAGAGCACCAGCCACUGCUGCGGCGUGACUCCCGCAGGCAGGCCCUGCCGCCCCUCGUGCUGGAUGCAGAGAGCGACCCGGCCCAGGUGUUCAGGACCAGCCCUCGGGUGCGGCAGAUCAAGAGUUCGGCUGUGCUGACCCCGCCCCCCAUCCACAUGAACGGCAUGGUGACCCAAGAGUACCUGCACCGGGGGAGCCUGGCCAGCCUGGAGAGCCCCCCCAACUCCUCCCCGGACAGCAGCGAGAACUGCUCGGACGUCGCUCUGACGCGCAGAGAGCGCAGGGAGAUCCUGAGCAGCACCAAGAACAUCGCGGUGAAGGCUGCCCGGCGCCGCUCCAGGGUGCUGGAGUCCGACCGGCUGCAGCUGCUGGAGCCCAUGAAGGAGCGGAGCAGCCUGUCGCUGCACUCCCUGAGCGAGAGCGAAGACCCCCUCUCCCCAGAGACCCCCGCCUCCCGGGGCCCGCCGUGCCCCGGCCUGCAGCAUGCCGCCAGCGAGGACAACCUGUCCAGCAGCACCGGGGAGACGGCCUCGCGGGCCGAGGGCCCCUGCCCCAGCCACUCCCCCGGGCCCUGGCUCCGGGGGCACAAGGAGGCUGGCAAGAAGCUGGAGAAGAGGGAGGAGUCGCUGGACGGCAGAAGGCGGAAACGACGGUCCAGGUCCUUCGAAGUCACCGGCCACGGGCUCUCAGGACCGAAGACCAACGUAACCCGGUGCCACCCCCUCGAGAGCAACUCCGAGCUCAGGAUGCCAGCGGGGGGGCAGCCAGCGCCGCACCCCCGGGCACCUGGCAAAGCCAAAGGGAGGCUCCCACAGAGCCAGCAUGCAGGUCUGGGGGACCCGGCAUCUCUCCCGCUCCCCCUCCCUCCUCCCGGCAACUUGAAGAAAGGCCCCCAGCCCAGCCAGCACCCCCGCCUGAGCUACAUCACGCUGAACGGCACCAACGCUUACGCCAAGGACGGCAGGAGCCGGCGCUAUUGACGGGCUGCGGGCAGACAGCCCUGAACUGGGAGGGCCCAGCCCUCGGGGCAGGGGCUUGGGAAGCCUGGCAGGACUGUCCUGGAGGCCUGGCUUGCCCAGCUGCUGCAGGGACUGCUUCAGGGACUGCCAGGAGAGCAGGGCGCAUGGGGGCUCCUCUGGGUGGAGCCGGCGCAGGGCCUGGGGCCUGCAGGAGGAAAGGGGUUUACCAACGUGGUUCUCAUGGACGAUGAUUCUCUCCCUCCUCCUGGCUGCCCCACAGCCCUGCUGCUGGGGCCUGUCCCUUCCGCAGCCCUACAGACACGUUCCCUCUACCCCUCCAUCCGAAGCGCUUAGACCGCCGCGUCCCCCUUGCCGAGAUUACAGGGAGCUCCCUCUGGAGAGUCGCUUGGCUGGCGGCCAGCCGCCCGUUCCCAGCUGGUCGUUCUGUUCACAGCUCCAUGCCCCAGCUGCCGUGGGGCAGGUGGGAGCAAUGGCAUGCCGGGCAUCCCGCUGACCCCGUGUGGAUGGACGCCAAGCACCCAUGCAGCUCAAGCCCCGCGGUUUGCUGCCCUGGUGCCUUCCCUCCGGACUGCUGGCCUCGCCCACCCCUCCCACUGGCCUCCGGGCAUGGGCUGGGCUCAGGGUGACACACUCCCUACGCACCCCAGAGCUUCCUGUGACCGCUGCCACCCAUAUACACCUGCCUGCUACCCCAUCAUGCCGGCUGCACUGUGCCCAGGGCUCUGCCCCCGCAGGUGCCCUGCACGGCAGGUCGAUGCUGCAGCUCUCUGAGGCCGUGGGGACUGGUGCCCUGUCUGCACCUCCGACCUCAGGUUUCCAGUCCCCCAUAUCACUCCCUUGCUCCCCAGGAGCUGCGGCUCCCAGUCCCUGGAGGGUCUCGCAGUGCUCAGCAGCACCCCCUGCUGGCAGAGUAACAGCAGGACUGGCCUGCUGUAAAGGGAGUGUGGCUGGAAAACUGGUGGCCAUGAAUCCGGCUGGGGGCACCCCUGGCCCUCCCUCAUUAAAUCCACAGUGCGUGUGCACCAUCCAUAGGGAGUUCAGGGCCUCCCGGCUCUGCUCCCCCAGGGCCAACUGCGGCUGAGGAUUGUCUGCGAGUGUCUUGUGGGGAGGGCAGGGGGUGCCCCCAAAAUGGUCUCCUGCCCUCCCAGAUCCUGGGGUGAGUGGAGGCAGGGAGGGGAUCUCCCUGGCGUGGCCAGCAGGCAGGAGGAGGGAGAGAAUAGCCCUGGUGCUGGCUCAGUUACGCUGUAAAUAAAACGUGUUGCCAAACUCUGCAUCUGGCGGGGCCCAAUCCUGACCUAGCAUGGCCAAUGGGGCCUGCAGUGCUCAGGAUCAGGCCCUUGUGUUGCAGCUAGGAUGGCCCAGGAUUCCAGCCAGGCCUGGGAGCUCUGCAGCAACAGGGGCUUGGGGCAGGGGGGCUCCCUGCUGGGCCCAAUCCAGGGGCUCUCAGUGCCUGCACAGCGCCCGGGUCUCACCCAUUGGCUGCGGGGCUGCCCUGGUCUCUGUGGGUAUGUCCAGGGACUCUGAACCUGGGGUUUUUACCUGGCAACGUUGUUUUUUAUUCCUCUUGUUAAGGCUAAAUUAAAAGUGAUUUGUUGAGA